AUGGACUCGCCGCCGAUCCCAGGCGAGCUGCUGGCGGACAUAUUCCUCCGCCUCCCCGACCCUGCCGAUCUCGUGCGCGUCUCCGCCGGCUGCACCUCCUUUCGCCACCUGAUCGCCGACCGCUCCUUCCUCCGGCGCUACCGCAGGCUCCACGCUCCGCCCUUCCUCGGCUUCCUCGACUACAAUCGAGUUUUCCACGCCGUCGUCACGCCACACCCCUCCGCGUCGGCAGCCGGCGCCGUCGCCCUGGCCGCCGACUUCUCCUUCUCCUUCCUACCCGGCCCCGCCUCCGACUGGGCGGUCCAGGACGUCCGCGACGGCCGGGUCCUCCUCGAAAGACACCCCAAGUUCGAAGUCAUCUUCAGGGAGGUGAUAGUGUGCGACCCCUUGCACCGACGGUACCUCCUGCUCCCCCCAAUCCCUGGUGACCUAGCCGAGUCCGUGGACAGCGCACUCUGGACAAAACCGCAGACCUUCCUCGCUCCCUCUGAAGAUGAAGAAGAGGCGUCAUUCAGGGUGAUCUCGAUGGUGCAGUGCCUAACUAAGCUGUUCGCCUUUGCCUUCUUUUCCAACACCGGACAAUGGCGAACCAUUUCAUCCCAGAGCUGGAGCAAUUUGUUUGCUGGCUUGCCAUCAUUAGCAGGGACGACUUUCUUCUCCAGGCGCGAAUACGCGUAUGGGUUGUUCUAUUGGGUGGCUAGUUUGAGGGAAAAGUUGCUGGUGCUUGACUCCCAGAGUAUGGGGUUCUCCAUUGUUGAACACCCACCUGAAGCCAGAGGUAUUCCAGGUGGGGAUAUAGCCGUUGUGGAGGCAGGGGAUGGCAGGCCUGGGAUGUUUGUGCGCACAGAAGACACAAAUUACCUCAACUAUGCCAUUAGGCGAAACGACUUUGGGAGUUCCAGCAAGUGGCAGUUGGACAAGAAAAUCCCGCUGGAUUCCGGGUACUUCUUCUUGGGCUCAAUGGGGAGGCACUUGUUCCUAUAUCACUGCCGAAACCCACCGGUUGAUGCCCGCUGUUUCUCGCUUGACGUCAAGACAUUGAAGCUUGAGAGGGUGUUUCUUUCGAGUUUCUGCAUCACCAGUGUGCAUGCAUAUAGUAACUUCCCACCAUCACUGUUGUCGACGCCGAAAGUAUCAAGUGGUUUUGGAAACAGGGCUGAGAACGAGACACUGGAACAAAGCUUCGCUGCAAGAUCAAGCGCACAGUCACCACGGUCGGAGUAAUGCUGAUGCGGAUUCUGGAGAUCAGGUGGUGUUGAGGAUUAGAGAUGUUGUGAUGCAACUAAGAUAAUAAACCACUAAGUUGGCCCAUGAUAGCGUGCUUUUGGCUCUGCUUAGCUGUAGUAUGGUCAUCUAGAAUCAACCUAGAAUUUAUCUUCUAUGCAUUGAUCUGACAAUGAUUGGUGCGUUUGUUUGGUAGUCGGAUUAGGCAGUGAGAGAAUCA